AUGCUGGAUCUUCUUCGAAAUCUAUACAGGGCUAUGGAAGGCGAUAACACGGAGCUUGCAUGCACGUGUAUUCCUUCAGAUUCUCAAAUUCCGGAUCUCAAGUCUCUCUGCUCUUCGCUUUCAUAUAGCAACCUGGUUGAUGGGCUUCUUGCAGUCACGUGGCUCUUGCAGCAGAGCAUCGGAGAGGCCUACAAUAAGUAUGCCAGCUGUCUUGGAAACGCCAUCAUGCGGUGUUGCAUUGACCAAGCCCGCGAGGUCACCCCGCUACAAACCUAUAAACCAAUUCCGAUAAGCGACCACCCACGUAAGGCGGUCGCCAGUAAGCUCACAGAUUGCAUUAACUUAUUACGGAUAUUAAAGAUAGACAGUGGCAGCGACGAUCCAUUCAUCACGCGCCUCGAAAGCCUCUCAGACGCUGAGCUAACAACGUUUCGUACUGCAAUUGCGCCACAUAUGAGGCGGCAUUUUAGCGAGGUUGGAGACGAGGUCCGCGAGGAAGCUCAGAUGGACAAUCCCGCAACCGUAUAUGCCGUGUACCAGUCUGACUGUUCUCAUCAGCCUUAUGUAUAUUUCUAUCUGCCCAAAAACCCUCUCUUCAUUGCUGACCUGAUAGAGUCAUCCCUUUUCAAUGCGUUCUCAGGCGGAUACACAAAAGAAUAUGAGGUCCUGGAGAGAAACAGACAGGGGCUAGCUCAAUCAUACGUCGACAAGUUUAUCCUCAUACACUCCGCCCUUACACAUCCGGGAAACCUGGAUCUUUGUGCAUCAGUGUUUAUGCAGGUAAUAAAGCCACAGGAGCUUGUGCACAUGAGCGUAAUAGAAUUAGAGCCAGCAGAAUGCCGUGAGCUGAGAAAUAAGGCGAGAGAGGAGAUAAUGGCUAGUGUAGAUCUGAAGAGGUUUGUCCAGCAUACAGGAAUACAGUGCAAAAAGUGCAAGCAAGAGACCGUUGUUCGCUUGGAGAAGCAGACAAGAAGCGCUGACGAGGCUACGACAAUAGAAUACACGUGUUCCAGCUGCGGACACAGAUGGAGAGUAAACUAG